AAUGGCAACCGGAAAUGCCCAAACGAUUCGGCGCGUUACGGAGAGAAAAUCCAAAGUCUAGAUUGCGUAAAAAGUGGACGAAGUUUACAGUGGGGCUAGUGAUCGGGCUCUUUAAAACUUUGACGAUUUACUAUAUGUUGCAUUUUCAUCUAGGGUUGGGCGUCAAAAUCACAUGCAUAAUAGCGGUAAUCGUUGGAGCAAUUUUCACCAUAGCUUCGUGUGUCAAUUUGAACUGCCAGUGCAUUACGCUACUGAUGAUUCCGCAGGUUUUGAGCAAACGGGGCCGCGCUGCCACGGUAGCUUAUAUUUUUGUGCUAGCUAUAAAUGGGCCGGCCAAGAAUACGGUGGCCAAUAUUGAUGUUCUGGGACAGGCCCUUAGUUGCAGCCAGGAACGGUUGAAGGAAGCGAUUCGGGAUGGACUGGAAGCUAUAAAGCUGCCGUUGAUUGCUAUGAGAAAAGCGAUUGGCGAGAUGUUGAACGAGGUGGACGUUGCCUUUGGAAAGAUUCAACGGGUUCUAAUGGAGGUUCUCCGGUUGGUCAAAAAUAUUUUAAAUGGAAUAGCUGCCGGUUACCGGUGGUUGGCCGAUGUGGUCUCGAUAUGUAACCAAAAAAGCGGAACACCUUCUGAAAGAUGUACCAGGGCAUUGGAAGAGGCGGUCGAUGAUUGCAGACAAAAACUUUCAGGAAUGGGUGCCGUUUGUGAGGUUACUCAGAUAGCAAAAGUCGUAUGCUAUAGCAUAAAGGCCGUAGAUCUGAAGUGUGAACUUAUCGACUUUGCCAGCGACCAAAUAGUAGAUGAUAUUUCUGAGAAACUUCAUCAGUUCAUGCUAAGGAUAAGAACAAUGUUCUACGUUCAAGUGGAGUUCGAACAUGCUUUUGAGUACGAGUUGAACUCCUCAAAAACAUUUUCGCAGAUAACACAGGAAAUCAAGAAAGACAUCAACAGCAAAAGUAAAGGUUUGUUUAGCCUGUUCAACAUGUUCGGAAUUCUGUCCAGCUUCUGUUUUAUUUGUGUCAUCAUAAGAGCUGUGAGGUACAAAAUGAAGUAUCUAACGAAGGACAACUAUGAUAAUCAUUACAUCAGCAGAGAGUUCAAAUCAAUUGACGAACGACGUCGAAGAAUGGGCUUGGAUACAGUUCUGCCGUUGGUUCGCAAAGAGCGCAAUCGCUACAUCCGCCUAACCUCUUUAACGCUUAUACGAAAAGAGAGAUUUCGAAUUGCCCGAAGUUCCUUGUUCUUGUUUGUGUCCUCCAUCCAGAUUCUAGCUCUCGUCGGAUCCGAUUAUUGUCUGUUCUGGCUCUUGGAUGUCAUUCGAGACGCUUCAAUGACAGAAGCCGACGUUGAAACCCCUGCUAUGGUCACACUCGAAGUUAGCGGAAGUGGCAUUAUUGCUGAUAUGUAUCGAAGCAUCGUAGGGGCCUUUGAACCUAUGAUUAAGCACACGGGAAUCCUUGAUCCCACUCGAUGUGCUCCGAAUCCAUCGGAACCAGACUUUCACAGAUACCUCCAUAUAAGUUUUCUGCUGCUCUUCAGCUGGGUUUGCAUUGUACUGGAACCCUAUGGUUUGCGUGUUCGGCAACUGAUCAUGGCAGAGUACUACCCGGGAAGGGCUCGUGAAAGAGCGACUUGGCUUUACAACGAUAUCCUGCUGAAGAGGGAAACCUUUUCAAAAAUUGUUCGUCGACAGCUAUCCUUUGCGACUAAAAAACCUGAGCUAAGAAACACAACUUGUCUAGAUCGUAUUCGGGCCAAAACUAAUCGCUGGUGGUUGUGUAGAAAACUUUUGGGAACCGGAAGUUCUAAACGGUGUACCCUCUGUGGGUUGAAAUUGGCAGAGGACGAGGUUAUCCAAUGCUUCAGGCCCGGGUGCCAAGCUGCCUACUGCUACGAGUGUAUCCUCGAGAGUCGUUUUACCUGUUUGAUUUGCUCUGAGCCGAUCCGUCUUGAUGAUGACAGCGAUGAUUCCUUUGAAGAGGACUCGUCAGAUGAACUUUUAAUAGUGUAAAGUAAUUAUCCUCAUACAUAAUCAAAGGUAAAAUUAUAAUGAAAGCAAUUGAAAGUCAAACUUAAGGAAACCGCUCUAGU